GCAAUUUAUUCUGUAACGCCGGAGGCAAAGAGGCAGAGACGGAAAGCAGCAGCGUGCGCGCACACACAGGCACCGCUCCAGAAACUGUUUUGAAGAGGAGCCCUCAGCAUGAAGGGGUGUUUAAGUGGCGCAGGCGCGCACCUUCUGAUCGUGGUUCUCUUUCACCUGCGGCUGGGCUCCAGCGCGUGCCCAUGUGAGGACCCCGCGCUCUGCAACACCAUAUCGGGCACCAGAGAUUUCGAGGUCUUUGUAUUUGACGUUGGUGGGAAGUCCUGGAAGUCUUAUGACUGGUCACAUAUUACCACUGUAGCAAUUUUUGGAAAAUAUGACCCUGAGCUUAUGUGUUAUGCCCAUUCAAGAGGAUCCAGAGUAGUUUUAAAAGGAGACAUAUCUGUGACGGAAAUUGUUGAUCCUGCUGUCAGAGCAGCCUGGAUAAGCCAAAAAGUAGACCUAGCCAAAAGGCAGUUUAUGGAUGGAAUCAAUAUAGACAUUGAACAGGAGGUUGAAAAGGCUUCACCUGAAUACUAUGCAUUAACAGAUUUGGUUAAAGAAACUACAGAAGCUUUUCACAAAGAAAUUCCAGGAUCACAGGUGACUUUUGAUAUAGCCUGGUCUCCAGACUGCAUAGACAAAAGAUGUUAUAAUUACACAGGGAUUGCAGAGUCUUGUGAUUUUGUGUUUGUGAUGUCUUAUGAUGAGCAGAGUCAAGUGUGGUCACAGUGUAUCGCAAGAGCCAAUGCUCCAUACAACCAAACAUUAACUGAAUAUGACAAGUACAUUCACAUGGGCAUUAAUCCAAAGAAGAUUGUGAUGGGUGUUCCAUGGUACGGCUAUGAUUAUUCCUGCCUAGGCUUAUCUAAGGCUCAUGUUUGUUCCAUCACAAAAGUUCAUUUCCGAGGGGCUCCGUGCAGUGAUGCAGCAGGACGUCAGCGCCCGUAUAAAGUAAUCAUGAAUUUGGUAAAUAGUUCUCUUUCUGGAAUCCUGUGGGAUGAGGAAGUGGAAGCCCCAUAUUUGGAAUACAAAGACCCACAUGGUACUUUUCAUCAAGUGUGGUUUGACAAUCCCAGGAGCAUUUCUCUGAAGGCAGCCUACGUGAAAGAACGUGGCUUAAGGGGUAUUGGCAUGUGGAAUGGGGAUUGUCUUAACUACUCCGGAGGUUCCAUAGCACAAGAGCAAACAGAAGCAAUGUGGGAGGCCCUGAUACCAAAGUGACGUAAUGAGAAUGUUUACUGUGCCUGUUAAGAAUUAUUAUUUUCAAUUUUAAUAUGUUCUUGUCAACAAAUAAAAUUAGUUUUGAUUA